CUCAAGACUCUCACUCCUCAGCACACCCUGACGACUGCUCCGCUCUGCUGUACCAUGGCUCUGUUUGUCUUGUUCAGUGCCCUGGGCUCCCUGGCUCUGCUUGCUCAGAGCUGGGCCUUCGACUUGGGCCAGUCUACUCGCUGCGUGCCCAUACCCAACAAGAUGAGCGUAUGCCAGGACGUGGGCUACUCAGAGAUGAGGCUGCCCAACUUACUCGGGCACAGCAGCCUGGAGAGUGAGGUGGUGCCCCGCUCGGAGGACUGGCGUCCACUGCUGCAGACCGGAUGCCACCCGCAGGCCAAAGCCUUCCUCUGCUCCCUCAUCGCUCCUGUCUGCUUGGAUACGUUUAUCCAGCCAUGCCGUAGUCUGUGUGUGGCUGUGCGGGCUAGCUGUGCUCCUGCCCUGGGCUGCCAGGGCCAUGCUUGGCCAGAGGCGCUGGACUGUGAGCGCUUCCCUGCCCAUGAGGACAUGUGCCUGACCUCUCUGACUAAACCCAUGGGUGGCUACCUGCUUAAAGAUUUACCUCAGCCUGCCUGUCAAGACUGUCCUGCUGUGCACGAGCUGCCUUCCCUGAAAGCGCUGCUGGAUUCAUUUUGCCUCAGUGAUUUUGUUGUCAAAGCUAAACUGACGCGCCGUCGUCUGUUGUCUGACGAGCCGGAGUUCGAUGUGGACGGACGGGUAGAGUUCAUCCAACAAGGCCCCCUCCUGCCUUACGACACCAACAGCCUCCUGCAACAGUGGCUGCUCAUCAACCUGCGCUGCGCUCAAACGCUGGUCCGCCCUGGCCGUGCCCAGCUCUACCUUCUCACGGGAAAGGUCCAAUCCGACGCCACCGUGGCGCUAAUGCAGCUUUUCCCUUGGCACAAGAAAGACCUAAACAUUGCGGUGGCGACACGCAAAUGGAAACACCACAUAUGUUGAAAGGACAAAAAGUGAAAUCGUAGUGGAGGUCAGACCAAUGUCUGCCCAUUGGGGGAACUUAUUUGGGGAGGAACAACACUGAGCAGUGGGACUGGACUAGUGAGCACUGAAGAAGCUGGCUUCUCCAAUUGGCUCGCUGCUGCCCCCCUCUGGUCAACUCAGUGACUCAAUGCAGCUCUUUGAGGAGAGAAGAUAAUGCACUCGGUAUUGUACAUAGAAACACACAAAAGGAAAAUUAUUUGUAAAGACUAAUAUUUGUAUUCAGAUUUGUGUGUAUAUUUAUCUGUAUUUGUUCAAUUAAUAAAAUAUCAUGGAUUCAGA